GUUAUUACCUUGACGCAGAGUUUGGAACUGGCCGAGAAAGCUCAGGCAACUGAGCUAUCCCCGCACUUGAUUAUGCUUUCUUUUACAUACAUCUUCCAUUUUUAUUUUCUAGUUGGGGUGCCAAGCUCCAAUUCUUCAUCCUUCUGCAGACGCGGAAGAGGAUGAGAUUCCUGCUAGCUCCGAUCCAUAUUAAUGGCCCUUCAAAUAUACAUUCUCAAUUACUCAGAAACAGAUCAGACAGAGUGUGAGAGAAAAACAUAGAAAGAGAGAUGGCUUGUGUUGCGUUGGCUUCUCUAAUGGCAACAAUCGACCUUGAGUUCCGAAAACGAAACCACAGAGUGUCUCUUCAUGAUGAAAAGCCAUUGAAUUCUCUGUUUGAGAAGCUUUCUUCUUUGCAAGCCUUUCUGCAGAAGGAAUACAACGGUGGUGCUCCAGUCCAUCAUCUGGAAAUCAAAAUCAGAGACUUUGCGCUCAAAGCUGAAGAUGACAUUGAGAUACAACUAAGAAGCUUUCUUCUAGCCCAAGACGGAGAGUGUCAAGCCAAAGCUCGUGGGAAACUCCAUCAAAUCUUGCGAAAAGCUGCAGAAGAUGCAGAAGAGCUGUCCAAGAUUAUCAACAACAGCAGAAGCAGUGAACCCGAAGCGGCCAUGGCCAGUGAAACUUGUUGAAACACAAAUAGUUGUGUAUGUAGAAAUAUGA